CAGCAGGACACCGGUGUCUGUCUGUGCAUCCAUCGUCACUCUACUUGUUCAGUGUGUUGGUGAAUGAAACGCUGCUCGAUAGCUAGAAUUUGAGUGAGUGAGUUUGAAUUUAUCCGAAGAAAACAGUCGUUCGUCCACAUGGCCUCUAACGAUUAUUCCCAAUCACCUCCUCAGGGCUAUGGAUCCUAUGGUGGCGUUGGUGGUGGUGGUAAUGGUACUAACCAAGGUUAUGGACAGUCCUCUGGUCAGAGUUACAGUCAGCAGGGUUAUGGAGGCUACAACCAGAGCUCUGACAACAGCUCUAGCUCUUACAGUCAAGGAGGAUAUGGGAGCUAUGGUCAACCCCAGUCAGGAGGAUAUAAUUCUCCACCAUCUAGUCAUAGUGGUGGUAGUGGUUACAAUCAUUCCAGCCAGUCCUACAGUUCUGGAGGCUAUGGUGGCAGCAGUCAGUCAUCCAGCAUGACAUACAACCAGCAGUCAACCUUUUCCGGUUACAACCAGCAGCAGCUUUCUUCUUCAUCCUCUGCAGGCUAUGAAGGUAACUCUCAGGCCCCUGGCUACAACCAGCCACCCAGUAGUGCACCGAGUGGAGGUGGCUAUGGGAGCAGUGGCGGUCAGCCUGGUGGCUAUGGGGGCAGUGGGUGCCACCAGCAACCAUCUCAACACGGAGGAGGUCUCUACAACCAGCCUUCAAGCUAUAACUCUCCUCCACAGAGCUAUAGUCAGCAAAGCCAGUACAGUCAAGGUGGAGGAUAUGAAAGCGACAGUCCACCAUUAAGUGGAGGAGGAGGUGGAGGAUAUGGUGGUCCUGAUGGGGGUUAUGGAGGUCAGGACAGCCGCGGUGGCAGGGGGCGUGGGGGUGGUUUUGGAGGCCGUGGCGGCGGAGGAUAUGAUCGCGGUUUUGAUCGAGGUGGUCGAGGUGGACCAAGAGGAAGAGGAGGCAUGGGAAUGGGCGAUCGUGGAGGAUUCAAUAAGUUCGGUGGACCAAGAGAGCCAGGACUUGGAGGACCUGGCUUCAUGCAAGACCAGGAUAACUCAGACAAUAAUACCAUCUUUGUGCAAGGCCUAGGAGAUGACUAUACUGUUGAAUCAGUAGCUGAUUUCUUUAAGCAGAUUGGAAUCAUUAAGGUGAACAAGAAAACAGGCCUGCCCAUGAUAAAUCUGUACACAGACAGAGAAACUGGGAAGCUGAAAGGGGAGGCCACUGUUUCCUUUGAUGACCCACCUUCAGCUAAAGCUGCUAUUGACUGGUUUGAUGGUAAGGAUUUUAAUGGAAAUCCAAUCAAGGUGUCCUUUGCCACCCGCAGAGCUGACUUUGGCGGCCGAGGUAGCAUGAGGGCUGGUCGAGGACGAGGAGGGCCAAUGGGACGUGGAGGAUUUGGAGGGGGUCGUGGAGGAUUUCCAGGUGGUAAUGGUGGCAAUGGAGGAGGAGGACAGCAGAGAGCCGGAGACUGGAAAUGUUCGAACCCCAAUUGUGGUAACCUGAACUUCUCAUGGCGUAAUGAGUGUAACCAAUGCAAGGCCCCCAAGCCUGAGGAAGCUGGUGGGAUGCCUGCAAUGGAAAGAGGAGGUUUUGGAGGAGAACGCAGAGGAGGCUUUGACCGUGGUGGAUUCAGAGGCAGAGGUGGUGACCGUGGGGGCUUUAGAGGGGGCAGAGGAAGUGAUCGAGGAGGAUUUGGUCCUGGCAAGAUGGAUGCAAGGGGUGACCACAGGCAGGACCGUAGGGGCCGUCCCUACUAAAUCAUCCUAAAAGGGACAGACCAAUGUGCGUAACCCUGUUCAUAGUAGUUUUAGCCCAUUUUCAAAGGUUUGUGUUGACUUCUCUUGCUACUAAAGAUACUUUGUGUUUGGUUUUGUUUCUGCCACUUGUUCCUUUAGUGUACAUAUACUCUGUGUAUUUCUGCCUUACUUAGAAGAAAAUAGUUAAAAUCACUUCCUACAUUACAAAGACAAAUGUUUUGUGGCUCAGAAGGUAAUAACAUAUAAACGCAAAAUAAGGAAAAUAUGUAUGGACAAAUGAAGAGGAUGUGACUGGAUUUUUAAAAUUUUGUACAAUUUUUUUAUGGCUAUGGCCAUAAAAGGGAAUUAGACUACAGUAAUCCAAGUGAAAACACAUGAAGCACAAAUAAUAAAGGUGAUCUGACACCUGCCAUCAUCAUUUUUGGUAAACACAGUCAUUCCAUUAUGAUGCAGUCAUUCCAUUAUGUAUAAUCCAUUCACAGGAAGAAAAUGUAAACUUUUAUUUACUACUACUUCUACUUCUGAAUAAGGCUCCAUUAUGAUGUGUGAGGGUUGUGUUCAUAUUGAAGUACUUAUGUAUUAUUUGAGUUGUUUGAUAUUGUGCAUGUGUUGGCAUUCAAAUAAAAGUGUUGUAAAAACUACAAAA